AUGUCCUCUCCGAUCUCCCAGAAACUUUCCCACCCUCCUACUUCCAAAGCCAACGCGGCUUCCCCCAAGGUGACCUCGGAGGAUGUCGAACUGGCUCCUGUCCACAAUGGCCAGGCAGCGUCCAACAUACCUUUGGAAGAGGACAUUAUGCAAUGUGCCCGAAUAGGCGCCCUUGAACACAUCCAGAAAAUGAUCGAGUCUGGCAAAUACGACGCCAAAUACAAAGACGACGAGGGAAUCACUCCUCUGCACUGGGCUGCUAUUAACAACCAAUAUGCUGUGUGCAAGUACCUGGUCGAGCAAGGUGCGGAUGUAAAUGCCAAAGGAGGAGAAUCCAAUGCCACCGCCAUAAUGUGGGCCUCGCAGAGGUGUCACUUUUAUAUCGUCAACCUAUUGCUGCAGAACGGCGCAGAUCCUCUAUUGACCGACGGUCAAGGAUACAAUAUCCUCCACCUAGCAACGAUAGAUGGGAAUGCGCUGCUACUGAUCCUCCUUCUACAACAAAAUAUCCCCGUCGAUAUCCCGGAUCCUCAAGGCCAUACUAGUCUGAUGUGGGCAGGAUACAAGGGUUGGCCAGCCUGCGUGGACCUCCUCCUCAAAUGGGGAGCCAACGUCAAUGCUACAGACGACAAUGGAUAUACACCCUUACAUUGGGCGUUGGUGAAAGGCUCAAAAGCCUGCUUGGACAAAAUCAUCGAGUACGGUGCGGACAGAUUCGCAAAGACCAACGAAGGCAAAACGCCAAUCACCUGCGCUGAGGAGAUGAACACAAAACGAGCGUACCAGCGCUCAUUAUCUGACCAUGGAUACGACAUUUCUGGAAAUAUCAAGACCCUCCCCCUUAAUCUACACACCGUGGUCAGAGAUCGUUCGAAAAUGUCCAAAUUCUUCUUUUUGUACCCCUUUUUGAUCAUCAUGAUCGGCCUGUACAUUAUCAGUCACCUCAGCGUCUACAUCGGAGUUCCGUUAUUUUUGGUUGUCUGCUUGGGAAUGCAGUAUGCUGCACAACGAAUUGCGAUGAUCGGCCCGCUAGAAUUUCGCGCCAUCCAUAAGACACCCUAUCUGGCUGGCAUUUUUGCCGGGACCCUCUUUUGGGUGGGAGUCAGUUAUGUGACCUCGAUACUCCCGAUGACGUUCUGGACAAGUCCAUUCACCACGGUCUGUUUCGCUGUCUUAUACGCCGCUACAGCGUACUUUUACUUCCUCUCAAUGAUUGAAGAUCCUGGGUGGAUACCGAAACUAGCUUCGCGAAACCAGCAACGUGCUAUGAUCGAGGAGUUGUUCUCCUUAUGGAAAUUCGACGAAGACAACUUCUGCGUCCAGUGUAUGAUUCGAAAACCCCUACGAUCGAAACACUGUCGCCGCUGUAACCGAUGCGUCGCAAAACAAGACCACCACUGUCCGUGGAUCGACAAUUGCGUGGGGAACAACAACAUUCGCCACUUUUACAUCUAUAUUCUCAGCAUGGCGAUCGGGAUCGUUCUUUAUGUCCGGCUUGUCCUGUCCUACCUUGCCCUCCUCCCACCACCCUCCGACGACGCCCUCGCUAAAUGCCAUGUCCUCUCUACUUCGUUAUGUACCUUCGUCCUCCGCGACCCCUGGACUGUGGCGCUGACGUUCUGGACCUGCCUCCAGCUCGUGUGGGUGAUCAUGCUAAUCGUGGUCCAAACGAUCCAGAUCUCGAAGAAUCAAACCACAUAUGAAAACAUGAAGCGCCACGAUAAAGUGCACGACCACCAUCGCCCUUUACUCCCAACCCACAACCACCACCACCCCAUCACCCAAGGCGCGUCCGCAGCCGCUACAUCCCUGAACGACACCGCUGCCGCGUCCUCCCGUCUCCAGCCGGCUCCACGCCGACCCGACGGCUGUUUCACACGGUGGACCAAGAUCCUCGGCCUCGACGCAUUCAUGGUGACCGCGAGCGACGCAUCGCACGGCCACCUGCAAUCUCGCAACUCCAACCCCUUCAGUCGUGGCAUUGUAGGCAAUUGCCAGGACUUUUGGUGUGAUCCGGCUCCCGUGUUCGGGAGGAGGAAGAACGGAGUGGGCUAUUUGGGCGGAGAAGUGGUCGAUUAUGCUCAUAUGUACGAGGUGCCGUUGAAGCUGAGGACGACGACUGGUCGGGGCAUGCGGUAUGAAAGUGUUGCUGGGGAGGAUGUAGACGAGGUAUGA